GAGGAAAGAAGAAAGGACGAAGGAAAGAGGAAAGACGCAAGGAGGAGGGGAAAAGAAAGGAAGGAGGCAAAGCAGGAGGAGCACGGAAGGAAGCGAGGCGAGAGGCGGCGGGCUGGCGAUCGUGGGGAGCGUGCGAGGCGUCGGAGCAGCACACGGUGUCGCUGCAGGCUCAGAAACGGCGUGGGAGCGGUGAGGCGGCUCCGCCCCGGUGCGGCGGAGAGCCCGGCUGUGAGCGCGGGGGGGCGGCGCGGGGCGGGCAGGAGAGCCGGUGCGUCCGGGCGGCGGCGGGGAGCCGUGCGGGGCCCGUGCGGGCGGCGGCGGCGAUGGGCGUGUGCUGGGGGCCCGUGGUGCGGGUGCUGGUGCUGCAGGCGGCCUGGGCGCUGGGCGGCGGGCAGGUGCGCUACUCGGUGCCGGAGGAAGCCAAGGCCGGGACGGUGGUGGGCCGGCUGGCGCAGGACCUGGGCCUGGAGGCGGGCGAGCCGGAGGCGCGUCGGCUGCGGCUGGUGGCGCAGGGCCGGCGGGCGAGCGUGGAGGUGAGCGGGGCGAGCGGGGCGCUGGUGGUGAGCUCGCGGCUGGACCGGGAGGAGCUGUGCGGGAAGAGCGCGCCGUGCGCCCUGCGCCUGGAGGUGCUGGUGGAGCGGCCGCUGCGCGUCUUCCACGUGGAGCUGGAGGUGACCGACAUCAACGACAACGCCCCGCUCUUCCCCGCCGCCCGGAAAAACCUCACUUUACCGGAGAACUCCCCGCCGGGUUCUCGGUUCCCGCUGGAGGGCGCGUCGGAUGCAGAUGUCGGAGCCAACGCGCAGCUCUCCUAUACCCUCAGCCCCAGCGAGCACUUCUCUCUGGACCGGCAAAAAACAGAGGAGGACUCUGAAUCGUUAUUUCUGGUGCUCAGGAGACCGCUGGACCGCGAGACGAUGCCUGAGCACCGUUUGGUGUUGACGGCGAGUGACGGGGGCCGUCCGUCGCUGAUGGGCACGAUGGAGCUGGUGAUCUCGGUGCUGGACGCCAACGACAACGCGCCCCAGUUCAACCAGUCGGUGUAUAAAGUGCAGCUGCCGGAAAAUACGGAACGCGGGUCUCUUGUGAUCAGAGUAAACGCCACGGAUUCGGAUGAGGGGUCGAACAGGAAUAUCUCAUAUUCUCUCCAGAAUUUGUUCCCUCCAAAUGGAAGAGAUGUUUUUGGGAUCGACAGGAAUAGCGGGGAGAUCCGCCUUAGGGGUGACUUAGACUUUGAGGUUAUUGGUCUCUAUCGCCUGCAAGUGGAUGCGGCGGAUCAGGGAAACCCCCCGCUGUCGGGUCACUGCAAGGUGUUGGUGGAGGUGCUGGACGUGAACGACAACGCGCCGGAGGUGUGGGUGACGUCGCUGUCGGUGCCGGUGCCGGAGGACGCGGCGGUGGGGACGGUGGUGGCGCUGCUGAGCGUGUCGGACCGGGACUCGGGGGCGAACGGGCGGGUGCGCUGCGCGGUGUGGCCGGCGGCGCCGUUCGGGCUGGUGGCGACGUUCGCGGGCUCGUACUCGCUGGUGCUGCGGGAGGCGCUGGACCGGGAGCGGGUGUCGGAGUACGAGGUGGAGGUGCGGGCGGAGGACGGCGGGGCGCCGGCGCUGCGCGCCAGCCGCGGGCUGCGGGUGCCGGUGUCGGACGUGAACGACAACGCGCCGGCGUUCGCGCAGGCCGUGUACACGGUGCUGGCGCGGGAGAACAACGCGGCGGGCGCGGAGCUGGCGCGGCUGUGGGCGCGGGACCCGGACGAGGCGGGCAACGGGCGCGUGAGCUACUCGGUGGCGGAGGGCGUGGGCGGGGGCGCGGUGGCGGGCGGGGGGUGGCGGGCGGCGUCGAGCUACGUGUCGGUGGACGCGGAGAGCGGGCGGCUGCGGGCGCUGCAGCCGUUGGACUACGAGGAGGUGCAGGUGCUGCAGUUCGAGGUGCGGGCGGUGGACGCGGGGGAGCCGCCGCUGUGCGGCAACGCCACGGUGCAGCUCUUCGUGGUGGACGAGAACGACAACGCGCCGGCGCUGCUGCCGCCUGCCGGGGGCGGGCCGGGUGGCGGGGCGGCGGGCUCGGCGGCGUCGGGGCCGGGCUCGGGCUCGGGCUCGGGCUCGGGCUCGGGGGCGUUGUGGGCGUGGGCGGCGUGGGGGGCGCCGGCGGGGCAGGUGGUGGCGAAGAUCCGCGCGGUGGACGCGGACUCGGGCUACAACGCGUGGCUGCGCUACGAGCUGUGGGAGCCGCGGGGGAAGGGCCCGUUCCGCGUGGGGCUGUACAGCGGCGAGGUGAGCACGGCGCGGGCGCUGGAGGAGGCGGACGGCCCGCGGCAGAGGCUGGUGAUCGUGGUGCGGGACCACGGGGAGCCGGCGCGCUCGGCCACGGCCACGCUGAGCGUGUCGCUGGUGGAGGGCGCCGAGGCGGCGCUGGCGGCCGCGGGCUCGUCCUCGUCGGGGGCGGGGCUGCGGCCGGCGGCGGGCGCGGAGGGCGGCGCGGCGGCGGCGGCGGCGGCGGCGGCGGCGACGAACGUGUGGCUGGUGGUGGCCAUCUGCGCGGUGUCGAGCCUGUUCCUGCUGGCGGUGGUGCUGUACGGGGCGUCGCGGUGGGCGCCGCGGGCGGCCGUGCUGUCGGGGCCCGGGCCGGCGACGCUGGUGUGCGCCAGCGAAGUGGGGAGCUGGUCGUACUCGCAGCGCCAGAGCCGGAGCCUGUGCGUGGCGGAGGGCGCGGGCAAGAGCGACCUGAUGGUUUUCAGCCCCAACUUCCCGCCGCCGCCCGGCCCCGCGGCGAAGGAGACGCAGCCGGAGCCGCCCGCUCUCGUGGACACGGUCAGUGGCCCUCCCUUUGUCGCCUCUCGCCCCUUCCCCCUUCUUGUGGCCCUUGUCGCCCGGCCCCUGGGCAGGCGCUGGUGGGAGCCGGGCUCAGCCGCCGGGGCCCGCGGGCGGCGGGGGCUUGGCGGGUGCUUCUUAAGGGUGUUCACGGGACCUUCGCGUCCUUGCCGGAGCGCCCGGGGUCUCGCUGUGGGGGAGGAAGCAAGCAAGGUGUUGCCGCACCCCGCAGCGGUGGCCGUCCGCAGCUGAGCUUUGUGGUCGUGGCUGUGGGCUGUUGUCCCGCGGAAUGAAAUCCCUGCCGACUGCGAUGUGAGGUGCCACGACAUCAGCUUUGCGGACGCUUGGGCUUGCUGCUGUGCAGCAUUUCCACCCGAGCUUGCUGAAGGGGUGCCAGACACGCAGGCUGUGGUGGUGGCAGUCCCGCAGGCACUAUGUACUGCUUCUUAGAGUUGCUUUUUGCUGACCGUGCUGGUAUCCGCUGUGGUUUCCUGUCGCAAACUCUGUCCUCGUCCUUAUUUGAUUCCCUUCUGCGAGCGUUGUGAUGGAAGGUGACAGUUGGGUGUUCAGGGUCUUCUCUCCCCGUGGUGUAAUUUCUCCAUUUUUAUUUGCC